AUGGAGGAUCUCACUUUUGCAAUAAAUCGAGAAGCCCUAGCAAAAUAUGGAGUGAAACAACACAAACUGGCUACUCCAUACCACCCGCAAACCAGUUGGCAAGUGGAGGUGUCGAAUCGUGAAGUUAAUGCCAUCCUAGCUAAGACAGUUAAUGCUAGCCAAAAAGACUGGUCCCAAAAACUUGAUGAUGCCUUGUGGGCGUACCGAACUGCUUUUAAGACACCCAUUGGCAUGUCACCAUUUCAGCUGGUCUAUGCAAAAGUGUGUCAUUUGCCAAUAGAGCUGGAACACAAGGCUUUGUGGGCGUUCAAGAGGUUGAAUUUGAAUUGGAAGGAAGCAGCAGAGAUGCGACUGGGGCUUAAAUUAUUCCCAGGAAAGCUGAAAUCUAAGUGGUCAGGUCCUUUUAAGGUAAAUCAAUUACACUCAUCCAGAGUGGUGGAACUUGAAAAUGGAGAUGGCAGUACAUUCAAGACACAAGUGAUCAGGGAGGAAGCCAAAGAAAGGAAGAAGAAAUUAGCUGAAAUUUGGUGCAAAUGA